AUGAUUGCCCAUGUAAAGGGUAUUUUAGCAGAAAAAAAGAUGAAAAAUGUUAUCUCAGUACUGUUGGUAGGUGGCUUCGGUGAAAGCAAAUUAGUACAAAAAGAAAUGCAGGAGAGAAUUCAAAAUAAACGCAUUAUCAUUCCAAAUGAAGCUGGUUUAGUUGUACUUAAAGGUGCCGUGCGGUUUGGACAUUCGCCUGAUAUUAUAUCGUCGAGGAUCAUGUCGUACUCGUAUGGAUUCAAAAUAAGCGAGAAGUUCGAUGAAAGAAAACAUCCAAAAAAUCUAAUAUACCAUUUAAACGGUAGAGAACUGGUUGAUAAAGUUUUUUAUAAAAUUGUAGAAGCUGGAGAAGAAAUUCAACUCGGACAAGACGUGACAGAUUUGCGUAAUCCGUGUACACCAACAUCCUACGACAGAACAGUUUUGAAAGUAUACAGGUCUACAGAAGCAAAACCAAAAUUUGUUAAUGACAGAGGAUGCAGUCUGUUAGGACAACUCAUAAUAGAUCACAAAGAAGGAAAGUCUCUCAAAGAUAAAAAGUUUUCCGUCAAUGUUGCUUUUGGAGAUACGGAAGUAUUUGUUAAGGCAAAACUGGAAAAAAGCGGUACAGAAUUUUCUACAUACAUCGAGUGUCUUGAAAAUUAA